GACUGCCUGCCACGCUCCCGAGAAAUUGUUUACAUCGAUAGAGUUAAUUAAUUAAAAAAUUAAAAUGGCGCGUUUUUUAUUUACGGCGGAAUGAUCGAUGACAGCCUUAUGCGCAGUUGGGCCGGCAGUUGAAUCGUUAUCAGUCGUUACGUUUACGCUCAUAUUUUCCGCUCGUUCUCCAUGUUUUGCAUCUUUCAAUAGGUUUAUUGAGGUUGACAUGCUGUCAAAUACGUUUAGCAACCGGAGUUUCACGUCUUGCGUUCUUCCCGAGCAGAUUUACAUGGGCUUCGUAUUAUAGGCCGAGAUGUAAAACUAUUCACCUCCAUCAACCAAUGUUGCAAGAGCACGUUACUGUCGAGGGCCGGCUGCUCGUUGAUACGCCGCGGAGAACGUUAGAGAGGUCGUUCGAACAUGGAUCAAAUCAUUGACAUGGACGAUGACGAGACUGGGUCGAUGCGCUCUUCCGGGAAGAGCUCGGCGAUACCCUUCGGCUGCAUUAGCUCGAACUCGAUAUGUUAUGUCGCGAUCACGAUCGCGACUCUCGCCUUCCUCGGCACCAUUGUCUUCAUCUGCAGGGACUACAUAAAGCUGCUUCUCUACUGGAUCGAGCAUCAGAACGCCUGGGUCAUCGCCGUGAUCUUCAUAGGCCUGUUCACGGUGGUGUCGUUCCCAAUCGUGAUCGGCUACCUGUUCCUCAUCGUCGCCAGCGGUUACCUAUUCGGCAUGGUGCGCGGCAUGGCGAUCGUCAUACUCUCCGCCAAUCUCGGCAUCGCGAUCGCCCACGUCACUUUGGGUCUGUUGUCCACCAGGCUGCCGAUAGGCGCUCUCCUGCAGAGUGACACGGCAAGGGCAAUACUCCGGGUGAUAUCUGGGCCCCAGGCCUUCAAGAUCGUACUGUUCGCGCGGCUCACUCCGAUCCCCUUUGGUCUUCAGAAUACUAUUUUUGCAGUCAGUAACAUAGGUGGUUUUCAUUACCACAUAGCCAGCGCAAUAGGUCUACUACCCGCCCAACUCGUCAACGUUUAUUUGGGUAGUAGUCUGAGGUCGAUGCAGGACGUACUAGAGGACAAAUCCACAGCGGCGACUGGUUACGUAGUGUUUUGCUUUCAGAUAUUAGUAGGAGUCUCGCUGAUGGUCUACAUUGUACAGAAGGCGCGAAAGGAGCUUCAGUUGACAUUGCUCGAGGCGGAUCUCGCGUCCCUGGCAAAUUCUCCUCAUUACAUUCUGGACGGUCUACCAGAUUCCAAGAUCAUUUUAACGAAUUUAAUCGCGUAAUUCUUUCUUUUAUUUUUUACUGAACUUUACAAGCAUUUUGACUGCUCGUGAUUUUAUUUCGAGCAACAACUCCGACUUCUUAUUUCUUCAUAAGUUAUAUCUCUAAUAUUAUUUCUUCCAGAAGUGUAUUUCAUGUAUCUUCCAGAAAUGUAUUUCACUAAGACUUGUCGAUGAUGCUUUCGAAAAGUUAGGCUUUCGAAUGUGGAGUCAUGUACAGGAACCAGUUGUCACAAAAAUCGUGCACAUAUUUAUAAGUCUUACCAAAGCUAACGUGAUUCUAGUACCAAACAAAGCUCAUAGAGCAUGUGGUGCGUGCAUGUAUAUUUUGAUAAAAAAUAAUAGAUGGAAAAGGAGAUGACACGGAAGUGCAGAUCCAAUGUAUAAAGCUUCCUUGCAAUAAGAGCAUGCUGUAAUUUAUAUAUUGCUCACAUAUAUAGUAUGUAUGUAUAUAUUAUAUAUAUAUAUAUAUAUAUAUAUAUAUAUAUUUAUACACACAUAUAUAUAUAUAUACACACAUACACAACUAGGAUUAAUGAUAGAGACUGAAACUUUACAUUUAUAUAUCUUUGCACUGUUAUCUAUUAUUGGUCUCUCUUGUUUUUUUAGUUCCUCAUAAUUCGAAAUUUGUUAACGAUAUUAAUGUGCAUUUGUCCGUUAUCUUAAGCGAUAUUCCAUUUGUACAUUGUAUUAUAUUAUAAAGAGAGAUACUGUUAUAUCUGUACGAUAUAAUCUGAAAAGAGAAUGCGUCCCAAUGAUGAAAGAAAGAGAAAAAGAAAGUGAAUAAUAAAUUUUGUCAUUCUUUAACC